AUGAAGGUGUUCGCGGUUACCGUCUUCUUGGCGCUCAUAGCCACCACCUACGCUGGUUACAUAAGCAGCGGCUGGUCCGGCGGCGGUGGCGGCAGCGGUUGGUCCGGAGGUGGCGGCGGCGGCUGGAAAUCUGGAGGUGGAGGCGGCGGAUGGUCCGGCGGCGGCGGUGGUGGAAAGAUCAUCAAGGUGAUCACCGUGAGCGGAGGUGGCGGCGGAUGGCCUAGCGGCGGUGGCGGAGGAUGGCCGAGCGGCGGCGGCGGAGGAUGGUCCGGAGGCGGUGGUGGAUGGCCUAGCGGCGGCGGUGGUGGAUGGAAAGUCGGUGGAGGCGGAUGGAGCGGCGGCGGCGGUGGUGGAUGGCCGAGCGGCGGUGGCGGUGACGUAGCCAAUGUGAUACCGAGGUUUGGUAGAAGCGAUGUAGACAGUAGACAAGGCUGCAAGUGUCACAUAGUCAUAUCAAACCUGAUGGAAGCGAUACUAAAAGCCUUGAAAUCCGACGAAGACCUCGGCAGGUCGCUUAAGCCUGACACAGGUCAUAUCAGAACCAGUAGACCUGAUUAG